GGCUGGUCGGGGUGAGUGAGCGGCGGGGUCGAGUACAGUUCCUUUGAAGAAGAAAAGCCCUAAGAUGGCAGGCAAAGGAAGUAGCAGAGCAAACUCCAUGUCCUGCAGUGUACUGAACUGGGAGCAGGUCAGCCGUCUGCACGCAGUUCUUACAGAGGUGGUUCCGAUCCACGGGCGGGGGAACUUCCCGACACUGAAGAUAACUCUGAAGGACAUUGUUCAGACGGUUCGGAGCCAGCUGAGCCAAGCAGGCAUUGUGGUCCAGGAUGUCCGUCUGAAUGGCUCUGCAGCUGGUCAUGUCCUGGUCAAGGAUAAUGGGUUGGGAUGCAAAGACCUGGAUCUCAUUUUUCAAGUUUCUCUUCCAAGUGAGGUAGAAUUUCAGUUAGUUCGAGAUGUGGUCUUGUGGUCCCUCUUGAAUUUCCUGCCAGAAGGAGUAAGCAAGCUGAAAAUCAGUCCUGUUACACUGAAGGAAGCCUACAUCCAGAAGCUGGUCAAAGUGCACACGGAGACUGACCGUUGGAGCUUGAUAUCGCUUUCCAACAAGCAUGGCAAAAACAUCGAGCUUAAGUUUGUAGACUGCAUUCGACGGCAGUUUGAGUUCAGUGUGGACUCGUUCCAGAUCAUUCUGGACUCCAUGCUCUUUUAUUAUGACUACUCAGAAACCCCUAUGUCAGAGCACUUCCAUCCAACUGUGAUUGGAGAGAGCAUGUAUGGAGACUUUGAAGCAGCUUUUGAUCACCUCCAGAACAAGCUGAUAGCUACAAAAAAUCCUGAAGAGAUCAGAGGUGGUGGACUACUGAAGUACAGUAGCCUCUUAGUACGAGAUUUCAGGCCCAUGAAUAAGGAUGAGAUCAAAACAUUGGAGCGCUACAUGUGCUCCCGAUUCUUCAUAGACUUCCCAGACAUCCUGGAUCAGCAGCGCAAGCUGGAGACCUACCUCCAGAACCACUUCUCCAAAGAAGAGAAGAGCAAGUACGACUACCUCAUGAUUCUGCGCAGGGUGGUGAAUGAGAGCACUGUCUGCCUCAUGGGACAUGAGCGAAGGCAGACUCUCAAUUUAAUUUCUCUGCUGGCACUCAAGGUACUGGCAGAACAGAAUGUCAUCCCUAACGCCACUAAUGUAACCUGUUACUACCAGCCAGCACCUUAUGUCAGUGAUGCAAACUUCAGCAACUACUACCUUGCAAGUGCCCCUGUGCUGUACAGCCAGUCCUACCCCACUUGGUUGCCGUGCAAUUGAUUGCUUCCCUCAAGGGCUCCUGGGUGGGGGCUACUGAAAGCCAUGAUGCACAGUGUAAAUGUAAACAAGUAAUAAUGUCAGUUGGAUGUUCUCUAAUGGAAACAUGACUGUGUCAGACUAUCCAUUUCCUGGUGUGCAGUGGGAUUAUGCAACCAGGUGACCUGUUAUGAACCUUUCAGUGUAUUUCUACAAAUGCCAAAAAGCCUUAUUACCUCUUUGUCGGGGAGAAGAGAACCAGCAGCAAAACAUUAAGGGGAGUGGUUAAGAAACUGUACUAGCUCUGGAAGUGGCUGUUAAUAUGUGGUCUAAGGUAAACUGGGUUGGUUAAUCAACUGUAAAAUGCCUUAAGCAGAAGCUGCUCCUGGAGUAGUGGCAAAACUCUUUCUAUUCCCUAACCUCAUUACUCUUCCUCAGUCCAAGUUCUGGCCAAAUUUCUCUUGAACUAAUUGUGCCAAGACUGGGCUCAUAUUAUGCUUGGGCUGCUUUUACUUAGUGACUAUGUAGAACUGGUAACAAUAUGGAUAUUGUCUGUCUUGUAGAGGACAUAAAUGUUGCUUCCUGUAGUGCCUAUGGAUAUGUGGUCCUAGCUUGAGUUCAAGAUUAAUUUCUUGGAAGUUGAAGAUAGUUUAGUAAGUCUAUUUAUAAAGCAUAAUCUGGUUAAAUUUUUCUUGACUACAAAACUUGGAAGGUGACAUUUUUAAAAACACACCAAAACACAAUCUAAAACUUGGUAAUGUGAAAAGUCCUUGAAUUGAGGAAUUGAAGCUUUAAAUAGAAUUGGAGACACAGUUUGAACACUUAACUUAGAAAAAUAUUUUUGAGUUCAGCAUCAAGCAUCCUGACUGUCCUUCUAAACAAUUUUGGUACAGUUGGAAAGCAGCACAGCUCUUACUUUGGGGUUUGACCAGAUUUUCUUCCUCAUGGGUCCACAGUAAAACCAACAAGAAUCCUAAACAGAAAUCCCAAGCCACUAUAAGUUGCAGGAUUAUGUGCACUCCUGCCUCAGUACAAAUUCUAGAAGUGCCUCCUAAAAUGAAUUUCUUAUUGUACAACUUCAGACAGGUCCUGAAGCUUUGUCUUCCUGUCACCACUGAAGGGUUGAGCUUACUGGGUUAUCAGUAUCACCAGGUCUCUGUAUGAGAUGGCAUUUUAAAUGGCUAGGGUAAAAUUCUUCCUUUUUACUGGUCUUAACCCUCACUUGAAGAGAUGUAAAAGCCCUAAGCAGAGCUCUCCACAGAACCUGUAUGUAUUGAAAGUCUGGGCCUGGGUUCAGAAUAGUCUCUGGGAGAGUUUACAUUUUCUUGGAGGUACAGGGGGCUGAUCUUCCUGAAGGGUGUAUGCUGAACUUGCUGCUUUUGAGACUCCUGGGCUUUACAAGAAAGGUUAAAAAUUCCUCAGUUAUUUAUAUAGUGGUAUUAUUAACUGGAUGAUUUUCAUGGAACUGUAAUAGUAAAAUACAUAUAGGCAUGAUCAUGAGUUUCUUUUGUUUAACCAGAGAUGUAGACUAGAAAGGCAAAUCUUAGAACUGUUUAUUAUGUGCUGCUGCAAUGUUCAAGAAUGCUUGUUCACUGAAUCUUUUUGAUUACUAUGACUAUUUAUUACUGUUUCUGCAAGCUUGUAAGACCAAAGCGCCUGAUCCAGCAAAAGAUUAAGGCUUAGAAAAUAAAGAAGAAAGCAGGUGGAAGACCAAUGUUUGUUUGCUAUUCAAGGUGGAAAACAGCAGCAGUGCUGUGCUUAAAUGACAGUAAAAAUUUCCUGCUCGUCAUAAGACCAACAAGUUCUUUCUGCUUUUUAUAACUUCUUGAAGACUGUCUCAACAGAGCAGUGGGGCUACUUCUCUGUUCAGAUUUAGCUGAAGACAGGGAGGGAUGCAAUCUACAAAGUGGACAGUGUGUAGCCAAGGAGGCUUUAGCUUAAUUUCCUGAACAGUUUUGAUAGCAACUUUGGUAGCAAAAAGACAAGUUAAUUGGUGGAUUAUAUUGGGAUGUUUUUUUUCAUGAAAGGCUUCCUGAUUAGUCAGCAAAAGUGGCUAAACUUGAAAGCAAACCUGGCCUUUUUAAUGAACUGUGGCUUGGACUUGGUGUGGUUUACAGACAAGACAUCUAUCAUCUAAGAUCUUGACUUUUAAAAAACUAACAUGAUGCCAGUGUUGUCAUAUGUGUUAAACUUAGUGCAAGUUUACUGCUGGAAUGCAAUCCUAGGCAAGAAUAAGUCCUGUAUGAAAAGCAAUACUUGGCCUCAUAUAGAGUGUCACUAGAAAGAAGACUUGAGAGUUUGCAAUUACUAUAAUCUCUUGCAUAGAUGUGUUUGCAGCCAACCUCUGCUAUGACCAUUGCAGAAGUGAACCAUUGCCUAGAGGGGCUUAGACUCAGGUGUCUGCCUUCUAUGAUGUCACGGCUGAUCUUUAGGAACUUUUUUUGUGCAUUGCCCAUGUGGAAGAAGUGGUGAGAUUCUUGGUAAGAAGUCCUCACAAGCUGGAAACACAGACUUUGUUUAUUAGUCUUUAAUGCCUUGGCUGCUGAGCAUCAGGCCAGGUGCAUCUUCUGGAAAAAGAAAUGCUAGAGAAGGAAAAAAGGCUGAGUUUCCUGCCAUAAGUAUUGUGCUUUUGCUGAUGUAACUUGAUGCUGAGGCCUCUGAGGAAGCUCCACAUUGAAUUGCUCCUCUCUGAACAGCUGAAUGCCUGGGUUUGAGCUUUGCAGGAUUCUUGUGUUCGCUGUCUGGCUGUUAAGAUGCUCUGGCACAUGGGAAAUUCUAAUGCUUUGUAACCCAUCUCUGAUACCAAGAUACUUAGAUACUCUCAAGUGGUUAAAUUGUAUCCUGAAGCUGCACACUACCUGCUGCUCUGACCUUGGAGUACUUGGCAUUGCUGAGGCACUGCUUGUCUCAUUGCCUUCAAAAUAAUCCUGGCUUGGCAGGUAACGCUGGUGUACUCGGUAGCUUUUCAUCACUGUGCUGCAAGCAGCCUACCCCUUUCUGUUCUGGGUUGUCCCGGCAGCUUGAUGGUGUGAGUGGCAGUGGCUUAAUUUGCUGUGAGUUAGCUGGUUUGAGUUCAAAGCAAGGGAUGAUUUGAGAACGAGCACUAGGUAAAAGUGAUGACCCUAUGCCAAGUCUAGCAUUCCUGCUUGAUUCAGUCACCUCUCAGUGCUAGUAAUGCCUCUGCAAACCUGUUCUUACCUCUUGUAUGUCAUGUGGAGGCUAGAGAGAAACUACUGUACUUCAGGCUGUUACCUGAUAGGUUCCCUCUGGGCAGUGGCAUUUAAACAAAGCUGCAGUAACACUCAGUGCUUUGUUCCUCAGGAUCAAGUUUCUACUAACUAGACUGUGGUAUAAAAUAACUGUUUUCUUCAUGUAGCUUAUAAGACAAAGCCAGUCUGAGGUUAAGCAGCUGUUGGCAGCACUUACUGCCAAGUUCCCCUUGACUUGCAGCUUAUUGUUGUGACUUCCUCACUGUAAGAUAGACCUUUUUAUUUGCUAGAGAUGCUACUAAGGAGACAUGGUAGAAGACUGUGUUUUAGUCACUUUGCUAAAAUCCUUAUGCUGACCCAUGGCCAUUGUGACAAGUUGUAAGCUAAAGCAUAGUUCAUGCUUACUCUGCUAAAGAUUUAAUUAUUGCUGUGUUUGCCCUCAGCUCAGUCAGCCAAUCAUUAAUCUGGGGGUUUACGAAUACUGCUUGUUUCUGAAUAACCAUUUAUCAAAAAUCCUCAUGCAUUCACAUAAAUCACCUCCUACUACACUAAGCAGUAUUUAAAUCUAGUCCAAAUACCUAAAGCUUUUGAUUGAAACUCAAAGAUCCAUAUUUUGGUCUUGAGUUCUGGGGUUAAGCAUUUGGUAUGUGCCUAGGCUUUGUGGGUUUCUGAUUCCUAGAAUAACCACUGAUGUUGAUAGUGAUCUCUGCUUGUCUCUAAAUGAGUAGUUGGGAAAAGGCCUCUUAGAAGAGAAUCUGGACAAACUGACUUAGUUCUAAACUGUCAGUGUACUGAUGGUACUUGUUUCCUAUUCCUCUCACUCAGUCAGGAUUCUGUAACUCAUAAGUGUGAGAAUGAACAGUAAGGGGACCACAGCCACCAGCAGCUUGGUCUAAUUUGGGCGUUGAGAGAGCCAAAUGAAUAAUAAAACUUCUAGCCCUCACAUCUAAGUCUUACUAAAUUGUUUAUUGAAUACAGUUAAGUGUACUUCAUAAAUGUUCUUUAUUUUCAGUGAAGCUAGAUAUAGAGUGGGACAUUCAUUUACAGUAGAAACUUUGGGGGGAAUAGUUGGAACACUCUGGUUUUUCUCACUAAAAUGUCUGGAUUGGGCUUGUGUCUGAAUAAAACAGCACUUCCCAUUGAAAUUUAGAAUUCCUUUUUUCCUGUCUUUAUCUUAUUUUUUUACUAUUAAAAGAUGCCACCUAUUGAAAAACCUGUCUCUUAUCUCUUUGGAAGAAGUGAGUUUGGGUUUUUUUUUAUUUCUCUCACCUCCCUCUUACAGCUGGCAAAGCAGGGUACUAGAAAUAUUUGGAUUUGUGAUAAGCCCAAAUGUGAGAUUGGUCACAGUAACUUUGUCUACUGUUCUACUGUAUUCAUUUGUCAUCCUUGGAAACUGGGUUUUGGACCUUAAUGAUGCUGAAAUUCUUGUGCUAAUAAACUUAUG